GUCGUUAAUCGCACGGCGAUUCCGGGGAACCGGACCUCGCGCGCCCAGAGUGCUACUCCCGCCGCGCGUUCACGCCGUACGGCGGAGCGUAUUUGACAUAAUGGCCAAAAUGGCGACACGGAAAACAAUAUUUUCUCCAGUGCGCUGAUGUGCCACUUCACGUGGAGCCGUCCGCCCGCUUAUCGCGCCCGUCGCAGUGGAGUUAACGCCAGCCGCGCGUGGAGCACCGACGUAGCGAUAAUCCGCGAGACAUUCGCGAUCGGACGCGACCAACGGACCCUCGAAUUAGCGCGACAGAAUCAAUUUGCCGCACGUCGAUUCUUCGCCAAUUAUAAUUCGCCGCGGCUGCGGCUCGCGGGCCCGGUAUUCUCGCGCAUGAAAGAGGCAGCAUUUGGAGUAAUUCAAAAUGCAGACAAUAAAGUGUGUGGUGGUUGGAGAUGGCGCAGUUGGUAAAACCUGUCUAUUAAUCUCUUACACCACGAACAAAUUUCCAUCGGAAUACGUCCCGACAGUAUUCGACAAUUAUGCCGUCACUGUCAUGAUUGGCGGCGAGCCGUACACAUUAGGAUUAUUCGAUACAGCUGGUCAAGAAGACUACGAUCGUUUGCGUCCAUUAAGUUAUCCCCAAACCGAUGUAUUUCUCGUGUGCUUCUCGGUUGUGUCACCGUCGUCGUUUGAAAAUGUCAAGGAAAAGUGGGUACCGGAAAUAACACACCAUUGUCAAAAGACGCCAUUUUUAUUGGUCGGUACGCAAAUCGAUUUACGGGAUGAUGCGGCCACAAUUGAAAAGCUAGCCAAAAAUAAGCAAAAGGCUAUUUCGGGGGAACAAGGGGAGAAGCUCGCUAAGGAACUAAAAGCUGUAAAAUAUGUUGAAUGUAGCGCUCUUACACAGAAAGGACUUAAAAAUGUCUUCGAUGAGGCAAUAUUAGCCGCUUUAGAGCCUCCAGAACCCGUUAGGAGAAGAAGGUGUAUUAUUUUGUAGAAGGCGUACGACUUUUUUUAUAAAACUGUUAGUUCUACAGUAACGAAGACUGUAAGUUUCCUCAUAUACACUGCAUGCAAAAGUUUUACAGUGACAAUUGUUAAAUUCUAAGGCAUAUAAUAAGUAUUUUAUAACAUUGGCGGCAAAUACGGAUAUGAAGCAAUCUUUAUCUAUAUUGGCAUUAUAUAAAUUUUAUAAUUAUAAAAUUGUAAUUGUAAUUAUUAAAUUACAUCUUUGCCUUGUAUAAUGAAUGUUAUAUCGACAUAUCUCGCAUUAUUCUGUGCAUCUCUGUGUUUACAUUACGGCAAUCAAAUGAAUUGUCCGAGCACAGGGUGUUAAACGAGAGAUUCAAGAGAAUUUAGGGGAUAUAUUAUAGUAUCCGUAUAAUACCUAUCGUUAAAAGGGAAAUAAUUUUGCUCAAUAUUAACUGUUUCUUAAAAAGGAUUGUACGUUUUGUAUGAUUUCAUGUGAAUUACGACAUGACGUACACAUAUAUGCGAGUGUAACAUUGAUUUCUGCAUUUUUUGAACUGUUUCGUAUAUCAAUUAAAAGUUUUUUGUCCUUUUGGAGUGCUCUAAUCAUAAUUUUCUACAUUUUUUUUUUUUUUAGGUACAUCUCUGUGUGUACCUUACAUAUAUAUAUACACACACAACAAACAUGUGUGCGAAUAAUAAAAAUAUCUAUCGAUAGAUUUAAUUAUUUAAGAAAUCAGUAAAUUUUGCGUUGUAGCUCACGAAAGUAAUUAAACGAGGAUUACGAUGUAUGGUA